AUGUCUCUGAAGGCAACAGACAUUACCUUAGCGGAUGGUGCACCACGGCGGUCAACUCUCGAACCCAACAGAGAGGACCCUCUAGUGCUGUGCAACAGCCGAGAAAAUGUGGAUUUGCUGCCGUUCGCGCUUCUGCCAUGCGUGCACGACACUCGCACGCUCCCGACGCGCACUUCAGAGCAGCAACACCAUAUGUUCGAGCGCAGCGAAUCUGCCCAACUGAACUUCCCAGCGCACGCGUCGACGGAGAUGGUUGUGACGCCGCCCUUUAUCCCUAGGGAUCGAGAGCAUCGCGUGUUCAUGAAGGAUGCGGACAGUCAGGGUGUCGACGACGGCGAUGCACACAGGGCGGUCAGACCGGAACUCGACCGUGCGCAGAGGUCCACAGUCACCUUCGACGCCGCGGUGACCUCCUCGGCGGAAACGCACGACACCACGGAUGUGAGUACCGCAGCCUCCUUCGAUGUGUCUACAACUGCGUUGGAGCUCCACGGCACCCCGCGUCAGCUGGAGCAGCCGGCGACACACGCGAAGGCAGCGGAGCACGACUCCCCGGAGAGCGAGCGUCGCUUCUCCCUCGUUGUCAAGGCACCCACGUUUGACGCGACGAGAGAGCAACAAAGGAACUUGAUUGUUAUGGGGCUCGACGGGGCGCUGCCCCUGUACAAGUUCGAGGAAAUCCCGCCUUGGCAGAGGUAUAACCCGUAUAUCCGCAGCCGCUACCGGGCCUUCUACACGGUCGAGAUGUGUUUCAAGAGCCUCCUAGGCUGGCACAACGAGACCAUCAACGUGUACUCGCAUUUUCUUACCUUUGUCGCCUUUCUCGUCUUAACCGCGCUGCUGUACACCACGGUGCUCAGCAAAGCCAUCACCGCCCCCUCUCUCAGCGCGUCCAAGCUGAUAUACGGGAUCUUCUGCUUCGGCUCCCUUAUGUGCAUGUUGAACAGCACCAUAUAUCACCUCUUCAACAGCCACUGCAACUGCCGCGUCAUGGCAGCGAUGGGACGGCUGGACUUUAUAGGCAUCACGGUUCUCAUCGUGUCCAGCUUCUUGCCUCCGCUGUACGUCAUGUUUCACUGCCACCCCGUUGCCCGAACCGUGUACAUUACGGCGAUUUUGGUGCUGAGCACGGCCGGCAUAAUCGGCCCGUGGACGGAUUUGUUUCGUAAGCUUGUAUGGGUGCGGUUGGGCGUGUUUCUUGGGCUGGGUUUUAGCGGUCUGGCGCCAGCCCUCCACAGCCUCGCGAUUAUGCCCAUGAACGCAGCGAGCGUGUCGACGUUGCUUGGCAUUUGCCUGAUGGUGGUUCUCUACUGCAGCGGCGUGGCUUUCUACGUGACCCAGUUCCCUGAGUCUCGUUACCCUGGCCACUUCGACUGCUGGCUCUCUAGUCAUCAGCUUUGGCACUUCUUCGUCUCUAUGGCAGCCCUGGUGCACUACUGUAAUUGCGUUAGCAUGUACCAGAUGUGGCAAGUGAGCGAUGGCAUGUGUGGAUGA